AUGGUGAAAAUAAGCCCUAAAUACAAAUUAGAGGUGAGUCUUCUAGAGGUGGCAGAUUUUGAAGAGGCAGAGGCAGAGGUCGAAACUCACGUGGCAGAUUUGGAAGAGGCGCAAAUGGCGGAAGAUGGAAUGAAGCAUCAAACAAAUGGUGCAAAAUUUGUAACAGCGGCACUCAUGACGAGGAGGACUGUUGGAACAAAGGCAAACCGCAAUGUCACAAUUGCAAGAGAUUUGGGCACCUUCAAAAGGAUUGUCGUCUUGCAAAUCAGCAACAUGCUUCGUACGCAGAAGGAGAAUCUGAUGAAGGAAAUUUGUUUUUUGCUUGUCAAAAAGCAUUGCAUGAAGAAGGUAAAAAUGUUUGUUAAAUUGGGCAAUGGAGAACAUGUCGAAGUGAAAGGGAAAGGAAGCAUUGGAGUCACCACGAAGCAAGGAAGCAAAGUCAUACAUGACACACUUUAUGUGCCAGAAUUAGACGAAAAUUUGCUUAGCAUUGGACAACUUCUGGAGCACGGCUAUUCUCUAAACUUUGAGAAUAGAGAGUGCAGAAUUUUUGACUCAGAAAGAAGAUGUGUUGCCGUUGGGAAGAUGACUAGCAACAGGAGCUUUCCACUAUCUUUCAACUAUGAGAAAAAUGUAAGCAUGAUGGCCAGAGAAGAGAAUGACUCGUGUUUAUGGCACAAGAGACUUGGGCAUUUGAAUUACGAAAGUCUCAAGUUACUCUAUCAAAAGAAGAUGGUGUAUGGGCUACCAAGAAUCGAAGAAAAAUACGGUGUGUGUGAAGGAUGUGUCCUUGGCAAACACCACCGGCAACCAUUUCCAAAGGAAGGUGCAUGGAGAGCCAAACAAGUGUUGGAACUUGUACACACAGAUGUGUGUGGCCCUAUGAAUACUUUGUCUCAUGGCAAAAGCAGGUACUUUAUCUUGUUUAUUGACGACUUUACCCGCAUGACUUGGGAGUACACCUCAAACGAAUUUCACAAAUUUUGUGAAGAUGAAGGUGUUGAAAGAAAGCUCACUGUUGGCUAUACACCUCAGCAAAAUGGUGUAUCUGAAAGAAAGAAUCAAACUGUGAUGGAGAUGGCGAAAUCUAUGCUACUUGAGAAAGGUUUACCUAAAACCUUUUGGCCCGAGGCCGUUAACACUGCCGUGUAUUUGAUGAACAGGUGUCCAACAAAGGCCGUGUGGGAAAAGACUCCAUUUGAAGCCUGGAGUGGAAGAACACCGUCGGUGAACCAUCUUAAAAUUUUUGAAUGUGUUUGCUAUGCUCAAAUUCCAAAACAAAAGAGGACAAAGCUGGAAGAAACAAGUGAAAGAUGUGUCUUUAUUGGCUAUAGUUCCAUGUCAAAGGGCUAUAGACUUUACAACUUGAAGACAAACAAUGUGAUCAUUAGCCGGGAUGUUGUAUUUGAUGAGAAUGCUUCUUGGAACUGGGAAGAAGACAAAAUGAAGGAGAAAACAGUCCCUGCAAUCAUAUUACAACAACAAAAUUCAGCAGCUGAGAAUGAGCAACUAGCUCCAUAUGGGUCAAUUGAAAGAGCCAAGGCUAGAUUGAUAGUAAAAGGCUAUGCACAACAGCCUGGAAUUGACUAUAGUGAAACUUUUUCCCUAGUUGCAAGAUUGGAUACUAUACGAACAGUUAUUGCAUUAGCAGCUCAGAAAGGGUGGAACCUGUACCAACUUGAUGUGAAGUCAGCUUUCCUAAUUGGAGAAUUAAAAGAAGAGGUAUAUGUGCAGCAACCUCAAGGCUUUGUGACUAAAGGCCAAGAAAAAAAAGUUUACAAGUUGAAGAAAGCUCUCUAUGGGUUGAAACAAGCCCCUAGAGCAUGGUAUAGUGAAAUUGUCAGCUACUUCAUUCAACAAGGAUUUCAAAGAAGUCAGAGUGAGCAUACCUUGUAUGUGAAGCAUCAAGAAAUGAUGAAAAAAUAUGAGAUGAGUGAUCUCGGCUUGCUGCAUGAUUUUAUUGGUAUUGAGGUUUACCAAGAUGAAUAUGGAGUUUUUAUUUGCCAAAGGAGAUAUGCUGAAAAUAUUUUGAAAAAGUUUGGGAUGAAUGGCUGCAAACCUGUUGAUAUUCCUUUAGUGGUGAAUGAAAAAUUAAAAAAGGAAGAUGGUGGAAGAUUAGUAGAUGCAAGCAUGUAUAGAAGUUUGGUUGGAAGCUUGUUUUUUCUAACAGCUACACGACCCGACUUAAUGUUCGCUGCUAGUUUACUCUCAAGGUUCAUGAGUAAACCAAGUCAUUUACAUCUUGGAGCAGCAAAACGAGUUCUAAGGUAUGUCAUGGGAACCAUGAAGCAUGGAAUCAGGUUUGAAAAGAAUUCUAAACUUGAAGCUAAAGACUACCGUGACAGUGAUUGGACUGGAAGUGUUGAUGACAUGAAAAGCACUUCUGGUUAUGUGUUCAGCCUGGGUUCAAGAGUAAUUUCUUGGUGUUCGAAGAAACAAGACACUGUAGCGCAAUCUUCAGCCGAAGCAGAAUAUUUGGCAGCUGGUUUGGCUACACAACAAUCAUUGUGGUUGAGAAAAAUACUUGAAGAUAUUGGAGAAAAGUAA